GGUUCCCACAUGCACCGGAAAUAUGGCGGCGCCCACGGUCGAAACGCAAGUCGUACCAGCUAAAAAACCAACCGUACGAGGACCACGGCGGGUGGCCAAUCAAAUUCCUGAUGAAAUCCUGCAAGACCCAGAGUUACAGGAGGCUAUCCGUGCUUUGCCUUCAAAUUACAACUUUGAGAUCCACAAGACAGUCUGGCGGGUGAGACAGGCCACGUCUAAGAGAGUGGCCCUGCAGCUACCGGAGGGACUGCAGAUGUUUGCCUGUGUCAUCGCUGACAUCAUCGAGAGGUUCACAGAGGCAGACACCAUUGUGAUGGGUGAUGUGACGUAUGGAGCCUGCUGCGUGGACGACUUCACGGCUCGGGCCCUGGGGGCAGACUUCAUGGUGCACUACGGCCACAGCUGCCUCAUCCCUAUAGACUCCACAGCAGGCAUUAAGAUGCUGUACGUGUUUGUUGAUAUCCAGAUGGACAACGCACACUUUCUGGACACGGUCAAGUUCAACUUCCCCCCUGGACACUCUCUGGCACUUGUCAGCACUAUCCAGUUUGUGGCUGCACUGCAGGCGGUGAGUGCAGCUCUGAGGCCAGAGUAUGAGGUGGUGGUUCCUCAGUGUCGACCCCUGUCCCCUGGAGAGAUCCUGGGAUGCACCUCCCCCCGCCUCGACCGAAACCUCAACGCCAUCAUCUACCUGGGAGAUGGCAGGUUCCACCUGGAGUCCAUCAUGAUUGCCAACCCAGAGAUACAUGCCUACAGGUAUGACCCGUACAGUAAGAUAUUCUCCAGGGAGUACUAUGACCAUGAAGCCAUGCGGUCCAUCCGGCUCCAGGCCAUCGACAAGGCUCGCUCUGCCCAGAGAUGGGGCCUGAUCCUGGGCACGCUGGGCCGGCAGGGCAACCCUAAGGUCAUGGAGCACCUGGAAUCCAAGCUUGAGUCUCUUGGCAAGUCCUACACUCGAGUGCUGCUGUCUGAGAUUUUCCCCAGCAAGCUGGACCUGAUGGCAGAAGUGGAUGCGGCAUCACUCGAGGCAUCAGCAUGGCUCCCUACUCUCCGUCCUGUUCCCCUACACCCAGAGGGCUGCUAGGAAAUGGACAGGGGAAAUGGGGACACGUUCAGAGGCAGCGGCUGUAGUAGAUAGACGUAAAAUGGUGCUGACAGAGGGCUGCCUCGCUUCUAGUUCUUAGGAAAAUCUGCAGUAUUUUGUUCAUUCUUACAUUGUUAGCCCAGAAAAUCUUAAGUGUUAAUACAUACAGCCGGGAAGAACUAUUAGAUAUCAGAGUGGCAUCAACUUACCAGCACUACACUACUGACUCAAAACAAUGUCGCCGGAGAAGAGGUAGACGGAGCGGUCUUCUGGUCAGACUACGGAGGCACGCACACCACCCACCGCUUCCGAGUAUAUUACUCACUAAUGUCCAGUCUCUAGAUAACAAGGUAGAUGAAAUUAGGGCAAGAGUUGCUUUCCAGAGAGACAUCAGAGAUUGUAACAUACUUUGUUUCAUGGAAACAUGGCUCUCUUGGGAUAAGCUCUCAAAGUCAAUACAGCCACCUGGAUUCUUUGUACGUCGUGCCAACAGAAAUAAAUAUCUUUCCGGGAAGAAGAAGGGCGGGGGUGUAUGUUUCAUGAUUAACGACUCAUGGUGUAAUUGUAACAACAUACAGGAACUCAAGUCCUUUCGUUCACCUGACCUAGAAUUCCUCACAAUCAAAUGCCGUCCAUAUUAUCUCCCAAGAUAAUUAUCCGCUGUUAUUGUCACAGCCGUGUAUAUGAAAUGGUCCACCCACACAUACAGCGUGGUGACGAAGGUGCAGCAGUGCCUCUUCAACCUCAGGAGGCUGAAGAAAUGUGGCUUGUCACCUAAAACCCUCACAAACCUUUACGGAUGCACAAUUGAGAACAUCCUGUCGGGCUGUAUCACCGCCUGGUACGGCAACUGCUCCGCCCACAAACGCAAGGCUCUCCAGAGGGUGGUGCGGUCUGCACACCGCAUCACCGGGGGAAAACUACCUGCCCUUCAGGACAACUACAGCACCCGAUGUCACAGGAAGGCCAAAAAGAUCAUCAAGACAACAAUCACCCGAGCCACUGCCUGUUCAACCCACUACCAUACAGAAGGCGAGGCCAGUACAGGUGCAUCAAAGCUGGGACCAAGAGACUCAAAAACAGUUUAUAUCUCAAGGCCAUCAGACUGUUAAACAGCCACCACUAACAUUGAGUGGCUGCUGCCAACAUACAGACUUGAAAUCAUUGGUCACUUUGAUAUAUUGAUCACUGGUCACAUUAACAAUGCCACUUUAAUAAUGUUUACAUAUCUUGCAUUACUCAUCUCAUAUGUAUAUACUGUGUUUUAUACCUUCUGUUGCAUCUUGCCUAUGCUGCUCUGUCAUUGCUCAUCCAUAUAUUUAUAUGUAUAUAUUCUUAUUCCAUUCCAUUACUUAGAUUUGUGUGUAUUAGGUAGUUGUUGAGGAAUUGUUAGAUCGCAUGUAAGAUAUUGCUACACUGUCGGAACUAGAAGCACAAGCAUUUCGCUACACUCGCAAUAACAUCUGCUAACCAUGUGUAUGUGACCAAUAAAAUUUGAUUUGACUGUGA